UCGUGUGCUCAAUAUUUUGAACUGCUGAAGCAGGCGCCCCAGCGACCUUGAUAGACAUCUGGAGUGCCAUGCACUAUAUACCUGUUUAUUUUUAGAUCAAAAUUUUGCGGUAUAGCAGAUAAAUUUUAAUUCCACUUUUAUCGGCCGCUGCACAUUUUAUCUGUACAAGUCCGUUGAGACCCGUCUUAUCUGUUUAAAUAAACUUAAGGAUUUUUCCGCAUUGACGCAAGUGCUUUUGUAACUCAACAACAUCCUACCAAAGUGGCAUACAUUGGUGGGUGGUGCAUUCUAUUUUAAAUCGGGAUCGAUGUUCACCUGAUAUUGUUUAUAUUGACAAUGGUUACAUAAAACAUUUGGCAAUCUUUAUUGACGUGGAGGAAAUUACUAUAUUAAAUAAAGAAUCAUAUAAGCAUGUAAAUUACUGGUCAUUUAUGUGAUACGAAAUGGGAAAUUUGGCUGGUAUAUUUUGCCGACGUGAACAAAUUCGGAUUUUUAUGUUUGGUUUGGAUGCUGCCGGGAAAACUAGUAUUCUUUACUAUUACCAUCUCGGAGAAGUUGUCACCACCAUUCCUACCAUGGGAAUGAAUGUAGAGACAGUGAAGUUUAAGAGUUUUGACUUGACAGUAUGGGAUGUAAGCACUCGUGAUAAAAUGAGGGUACUCUUGAGGCAUUAUCUCCCGAACACUCAGGCCGUGGUGUUUGUCGUGGACAGUGUCGACAGAGACAGAAUUCCAGAAGUGAAAGAAGAACUACAUAGAAUUUUGUCUGAAGAUGAUCUAAAAGGUGUUCCUAUUGCUUUUGCUUUGAACAAGAGAGAUCUUCCCAAAUGUUUGACAAAAGAAGAGAUAAUGAUGAAAUUAGAGAUACAGAAAAUCCAGAAAGACAGGCCAUGUGAAACUUUUCUGACGACAAUCAGACCUACAGACAAAGUAGAAACGGAGUUCGAUAAAUUAAUGGAAUGGAUUGUCAAUGAAGCAACCAAACGACGAAAUGAACUUGCAUUAAUAAAUCCAAAAGUGGAUCGAUUUUCUACCUACGUAUGGCAACCAAUCAUGACAUUAAGAAAUAUGAUGUUUGAAUGAAGAUAUUAUAUAAGUCUAUAC